UCAAGUUGUCAAUGUGAAAUGAGGCCCAUGAAAUUGGCCCCCUUUAAAAUUAUUUUGAUUAUAAGAAUUGUCAAGAAAAAUGAGUUGUAUUUUACGACCUGAAGUAAUAUGGAUUGAGGGAAGAUGUUAUAGAAUUAACGAUCCAAAUACGGAAAUUUCAGCUCUUCAAGAACAUGAUCUAUACGAGGAUGAAAUAACAUUUCAAGAUGCGGGUGAUGAUGAAUCUUAUGAUGAUUUUGAAAUAAUUGAAAUAGAUAGUAAUAGAUUUGCUACAAACCUUCAUGUACCAAAGCAUUAUAUUGGAGCAAUUAUAGGGAAAAAAGGAGUAAUGAGGAGCAGAAUUGAGAGAGAUACUGGAACUAAUAUAAAAAUACCAAGACAAGGUGAAGCUGGGGACAUCACAAUAUUUGGUCCCAGUGUUACUAAUGUAAAAGCAGCUUGUAGAAGAAUCAACAUCAUAGUGAUGUCUUCAAGAAUGAAACAAAAACCUACUCAUUUUAUAUCAAUUCCUUUAAAUACUCCAACUAUAAUGAAGAAUUUUGAAAAAUUCAAGGAAACAGUGUUGCAGGAAGUGAAAGAUCUAGAUGAAUCAUUAUUUAUAGGGGCACAUAAACUCCAUAUCACCGUUGGUGUGAUGUGUUUGAUGGACAAUGAGGAAAGGUUACAAGCUACUAAAUUGUUGAGUGAGGCAAAAGAUCAAAUUAUAAUGCCUUUACUACAAGAGAAGUUACCUCUACAGAUAAGAUUAAAAGGUUUAUCUUACAUGAACGAUGAUCCUAAAAAUAUUCAUGUAUUGUAUGCAAAUGUUGAAGAUGAAGCCGGCACUGACAUUAUACAGAGAUUAGCUGAUGAUUUAGUCAAUUUCUUUCACAAAGCAGGAUUUAUGAGAAAUAACGAAUAUGGAAGAGACAGAGUUAAACUGCAUGUAACUCUAUUAAAUUCUAAAUAUAGAAGCAAAUCAAACAGUGAGGAAACUUCGACCAAUGGAAGGAAAGUUAAAGAACCAUUUGAUGGUUCUCAAAUAUUAAACAAAUUUGUUGAUUACGAUUUUGGAGUUACGGAAAUAACUGACGUACAUCUUUCUCAAAUGAAGACAAUGGGUGAUGAUGGAUAUUAUCAGCCAACUUUUGUGGUUACUUUAAAUAAAAACUAAUCAUUAUAAA